CACACACCCUGUCUGCACAGCCAUGAACUCAGAAGGCAGGGGUCAGUAGCACUUGGCUUGGAUAAGGAAUGUAAAUGUCUGAGGACAAGGAAGCCCAGGAGGAUGAGCUGCUUGCUUUAGCAAGUAUCUAUGAUGAAGAGGAGUUCCACCGGGCGGAGUCGGCACAGGGGGGAGAGAUCCAACUCUGUCUGGAGCUCCCUCCUGAUUUCAAAGUUGUUGUCAAAGGAGAGACACAAACUGAAUAUAAUGUCUGCUUCUUACCUCCUUUGGUGCUCAACUUUGAGAUUCCAGCAGAAUAUCCAUCUGCAUCCUCACCAAUCUUCACUCUCAGCUGUAAAUGGAUGACCAGAGCACAGAUGAGCUCUAUGUGCAGACGCCUGGAUGAGCUGUGGGAGGAGAACCAAGGCUUUGUGAUUCUUUUCACAUGGAUCCAGUUCCUAAAAGAGGAGGCUCUGGACUUUCUGGGCAUCCAGUCUCCUCUUGAAGUCACGAGGGCAGGAAGUAAAGCAGGUGCUGAGCGCAGGAAAGCCGACCAGGCAGCCACAGCUCUGACUCAAGGUGGGAGUCAUUCAGAAAUAGCUGAGGAGAAGAAAAGAGAAGUCAAGAAGGAAAAGUGUGAACCACAGUCUUCUCAACUGGACCCUCGGGCUGUUCUGUUGAUGGACCCACGUGCCGACCUUCUACCUCAGCUUCUGGACUUUGACGAGGCGCAGCGCCAGAGAGCAUUUGACUGCAAGGUGUUCUGCUGCGGGAUCUGCUUUGUAGACAAACUGGGCUCCAACUGCCUCUGCUUUAAGGAGUGCCAGCAUGUCUACUGCAAGGCCUGCAUGACUGAAUACUUCCAGAUCCAAAUACGGGAUGGCAACGUUCAGUGCCUUAAUUGCCCUGAGCCCAAAUGUAACUCCUUAGCCACACCUUCCCAGGUGAAGCAGCUGGUGGAUGAGGAGCUGUUUGCCCGCUAUGACCGUUUGCUGCUCCAGUCCAGUCUAGACCUCAUGGCAGACGUGGUCUACUGUCCCCGCCUGUCCUGUGGCACCGCUGUUAUGGUGGAGCCAGACACAACCAUGGGCAUUUGCUCAGCCUGCCAGUAUGCCUUUUGUACACUGUGCAAGCUGGGCUAUCAUGGUCUCUCCCACUGUAAAAUCAAUGCAGAUGAAUUGCGUAACCUCAAAGAUGAAUACCUGUCAGCCACUACUGAGGGUAAAAAGUUCAUGGAGCAACGCUUUGGAAAGAGGGUGAUCCAGAAAGCAGUGGAAGAGUCCUUUAGCAGAGACUGGCUCAAUGAGAACUGCAAAUGCUGCCCACGCUGUGGCACUAAUAUACAGAAAGUGGACGGCUGUAACAAGAUGACCUGUACCUCGUGUAAACGAUACUUCUGUUGGCUUUGCCUGGGCGUUCUCAGCAAAGUCAACCCUUACAGUCACUUUAACAACCCAAAUUCACCUUGUUACAACCAACUCUUCCAUGGUGUGGAUCUUGAUGAAGAAGAUGCCUUCUGGAGUGAUGAAGAAGACUGAUAGUAGUUCAGUACUUUGCUGCUGUAUGUUCCAUCUGAAUGCACUUUAUCUCAGCCAACCAUCACUUCACCUGUACUCACACUAUGACUGUGGUAGUGCAGCAGUGUCACUACCAUGGUGUCAUCAUUUGUGUUUUGAAUAUGAUCCCAAAACUUGGGUAAAAAACAUUCACUGCUGGGUUGUAAAUUGUUUAUAUUUACUUAACAUAGACAGAUAUGAGAUAUUCAGGUAUGAAUGACGUCUAAAGGCAAGUUUGAGCUUUUAUCUCAGAGAGAAAUUCAGCUGUGGCUGUCAAAACAUGAUUUAAAAUUAUUUCAGUUUGGUAUUGUGGUGUAAGUAGAUAUUUUCAUUAAAAAAAUAUCAAAUAUAAUUAUUAUUAUAUUUAAUUAGAUAAAAAAAAUUGGUGGAAUUUCUCAUUUAUAAAGUGUAUAUGCAAUAGAUUGAGUAUAGAGAGCUACUUUCCUGAUUGGGCAUCGACAUCAUGGUUUUGAUAUCUCACAGGUUCAUAACGAUCAAGAGUUCAUAAUGGAAUCAUUGACAAAGUUUUUGUUAAUUAAAGGCGUUUGCCACCAGUUAACCAGCAAAACUAGUUAAAGAAGGUCUUGCUUUUGCCUUUCUUUGUCAUAUUAAAGUUAUUAAAUCGUGUAGUUUCUUACAAUCCAGCUAGCUUUCAGUUACAUGUCAGAAGUAUGAUGGCAAACUUUUCUUAAAGUAAGCUUCAUGGUAGAUAUUGAAGUGAAUUUCAAGAUCUAAACAAGAUACAGGAUGAAAGCAUCAGAGGCAAAACCAGAGACUCUUCACUUAGCCAUAAUUCCAAAACUAAGGUUGUUGGUUUUUUUCAGCUUUAGUCUGAAUGGGAACCUCUUAUACCUCCCUUAGACGAACACAAUGUUUAAAAGGAUCGUCUUUCGUCAGUUAUGUUUAGAUGAGAUUUUUCCUCAGAUUAGUUAAUUUACAGGAACAUUUAAUUAUGAAAAUCAAGCAGUGUGGAAAGAAGGAAAUAGAGACACUGGUUGUGGGGGAUUUGAUUAUUUGUUGAAACAUGUAUUUGUCUGUAGAGAAUGUAAUCGUGUUGGACGUUGACAGUGGAUCUUCAGGGACUGUGGUGUGAGAAAGGAAAUCCUCACUUUGUGAACAGCCGAGGCAUUUAGGAAUGAUUUUACUGGAUUCAUUUACAUCCUUGUUUCAAUGGCUGUUGUUUAAUGUUGCCAAAUAUGUUUAUGAAAUGGGGGCACAGCAUUUUGAUAAUGUCUAGAUAUACAAACAGUAUUUUGUAAUACUUAAUUAUAUUUUUUAGCAGUUUAUCCCGAACAAGCAGUUUAGCCUCAAGUUUUUUUUUGGACAUUGAAUAAUUUGCUCCUCACUACUUCCAAAGUGCAGACUGGUGUCAGUAUUGAUGCUGGUCUGGACAAGCAAAAAGACAAUCUCUUGUUCAGUCUUGAAAUGCACAUGGAUUCACUUUACCCGCCAACGCAGACCCACUGUCACUUCAUAUUUCAUUUAAGAAAAGUUUGAUUCCUGUUAAAAUAUACUCAGCAUUCUGUUCCUCAAAAUAAAUAUGGCCACUUAAUACA